UGCGCGUUGUCAGAGGAUAGCUUCUGCUCAGAGAUACAGCGGCUUCAGCGACUUGCAGUGAAGGAACCACACAGGACUACAACGAUGGGGUUCUACGGCACUUUAAAGAUGAUCUUCUACAAAAUGAAGAGGAAGUUGGACCAUGGCCCUGAGGUCCGAUCCUUCCCUUCAGGCAAGAAGCCCUGCAAAGGGCCGGAGUACCCGAGCCCCACAGGGCUUGUGCCGUACCCACCCACGCCCACCACGUUCGGGGACCUGCGGGCAGCCAAUGGCCAGGGCCAACAGCGACGGCGCAUCAUCCAGCCGCCCGCCGGGCUGCAGGAGUGGCUCCGAACCUUCCAGAGCUGGAGCGGGCCGGAGAAGCUGCUGGCCCUGGACGAGCUCAUCGACAGCUGCGAGCCCACGCAGGUCAAGCACAUGAUGCAGGUGAUCGAGCCGCAGUUCCAGAGGGACUUCAUCUCCCUGCUGCCCAAAGAGCUGGCCCUCUACGUCCUCUCAUUCCUGGAGCCCAAGGACCUGCUGCAGGCGGCGCAGACCUGCCGCUACUGGCGCAUCCUGGCCGAGGACAACCUGCUGUGGAGGGAGAAGUGCAGGGAGGAGGGUAUCGACGAGCCCCUGAACACCAAGAAGAGGAAGGUGAUCAAGCCGGGCUUCACCCACAGCCCGUGGAAGAGCGCUUACAUCAGACAGCACCGCAUAGACACCAACUGGAGACGAGGAGACCUCAAAUCGCCCAAGGUGCUUAAAGGUCACGACGACCAUGUCAUCACCUGCCUUCAGUUCUGCGGCAACCGUAUCGUCAGCGGCUCAGACGACAACACGCUCAAAGUCUGGUCGGCGGUGACGGGGAAGUGCUUGAGGACGCUGGUGGGGCACACGGGCGGCGUGUGGUCGUCCCAGAUGAGGGACAACAUCAUCAUCAGCGGCUCCACGGACCGGACGCUCAAAGUGUGGAACGCCGAGACGGGCGAGUGCAUCCACACGCUGUACGGCCAUACCUCAACCGUGCGCUGCAUGCACCUCCACGAGAAAAGGGUGGUGAGCGGGUCUCGGGACGCCACGCUGCGGGUGUGGGACAUCGAGACGGGCCAGUGCUUGCACGUGCUCAUGGGCCACGUGGCGGCGGUGCGCUGCGUGCAGUACGACGGCAGGCGGGUGGUGAGCGGCGCCUACGACUUCAUGGUCAAAGUGUGGGACCCCGAGACGGAGACCUGCCUGCACACGCUACAGGGCCACACCAACAGGGUCUACUCUCUACAGUUUGACGGUGUCCACGUGGUCAGUGGCUCCCUGGACACGUCGAUCCGCGUGUGGGACGUGGAGACGGGCAACUGCAUCCACACGCUGACGGGCCACCAGUCCCUGACCAGCGGCAUGGAGCUCAAAGACAACAUCUUGGUAUCGGGCAACGCCGACUCCACCGUCAAGAUCUGGGACAUCAAGACCGGACAGUGCCUGCAGACGCUGCAAGGUCCCCACAAGCACCAGAGCGCCGUGACCUGCCUGCAGUUCAACAAGAACUUUGUGAUCACCAGCUCGGACGACGGCACCGUCAAGCUGUGGGACCUGAAGACGGGAGAGUUCAUCCGCAACCUGGUGACUCUGGAGAGCGGGGGCAGCGGCGGCGUGGUGUGGCGCAUCCGCGCCUCCAACACCAAGCUGGUGUGCGCCGUGGGCAGCCGCAACGGCACCGAGGAGACCAAGCUGCUGGUGCUGGACUUCGACGUGGACAUGAAGUGAGGGGGAGGCGGGUGGGUGGUGGAGGAGAGGGGGAGGGAGAGCGUCACGGACACCUCACAGCCCCUCCUCCCUCCCCUGCCCGCUGUCACCACCCCGUGCCACGGGCGCCACCG